UUUUUGGAAUUUUUUAUUUAAAGUGACUUUGAAAAAAAUUAAGAUACAGAAUAUGCAACAGAAAAAAAUCGACGAACGUGGUAGAACCUACUUGCAAAUCGCCGAAGGAUUCGAACUUAAACCCGAAUAUGACGGAGUUACUGAAGAAUAUAGGAAAAAAGCUGAAGUUGAGCUCCGUGAGACUCCGGAAAAUGUUAAAAAAGGCAUCGAAGAGUUGCGGGAACUGAUUAAAGCUGAUGCAAAUCUCCAUGUGCCAAUCGAAGAAGAGGACUUUCUUAUAAAAUUUUUACGACCUACAAAAUUUUAUGCCAAAAGUGCCUACGAGUUAAUAGCUCGAUACUACAAAUUCAGAAUUAGACAUCCAAAAUACGGUGCAAAUUUGGUUCCGGAAACAGCAAAACGGGCUUUCGAGCAUCGUGUCAUCAACAUUCAACCGCGUCGUGAUAAAUAUGGACGAAGGAUUUUGAUUUUAUCCGGAGCGAAGGAUUGGACUCCUGAAAAAUUCUCAUUGAACGAACUUUUUCGCGGAGUGCAGUUAGCUGUAGAGGUGGCUUUAGUUGAGCCAUUGACACAGAUAAAUGGUUGUGUAAUGGUAUUUGAUAUGACCGGCAUUACUUUUAGACAAUUGCAGUACUGUUCACUUCCGUUUGCAAUUACAUUAAUUGAGUACGUUCAGCACGUUGCUCCCUUGCGCCUCAAAGCCUUUCAUGUGGUCCAUAAUCCAGCAUUCUUUAACGUGUUGUACAAAAUGUUAAAGCCAUUUUUCUGUCAAAAAUUAAAAACAAGGAUUUUCUUCCACAAAAGUCACGUUGAACGUCUUGCAAGUCACCUUGGACCAGAAUCAGUUCGUCCUUGCUUGGGUGGCACGAUGAAUUGUGAUGAGAUCGAUGGAAAGCUCUUUGCCGAAGUCAUGAUGGACAACUCAGAGGAAUUCGCACAUGCCGCUACUUUCGGUUACAUGGAUGAAGUCGCAAAAAUUAAUGCUGAAAAUUUGAAAAAGUGA